CACACUAUCGCAAUCUACAUACAAUACACGAGAAAUAUCCAAAAUGGCGCGUGUUAUGUAUGCACAGCUGUUGUUUACCGACAAAUGCAUGUCAAAGAAGUGUUAUUGUGAGGAUUGGAGCAUAGUUUUAAGUUACUUAACACUGUAAAUUAUUUUAUUUAAGACUUAUGAACGAUGAUUGUCCCUUCUUAUCAUAAUGGAUAAUCAAUGGAUUAUAAAACAAGUGAAAAUUUGUGAAAAUUAACGUAUUCGAUAAGUUUCCAAGCCACUAAAUAAGAUAAAUUCAUGGGGAAAGUUAUUAAAAGCAGGUCAACAAUGAUAAAAGUUAAAAACUGAUCUGAGUUUCUUUUCAAGAGAUUCAGAAAAAUAACUUGGAAUAUGGUAUUCGAUUACGUGCUUACAAUAAGGUUAUUUCAUUAGAAAAAAAAAGUGUCAUUGAUGCUAUAAUAAGGAGUGAAAAAUGAAUGCAAGAACACAGCUGUUUGAGUUGAGUAUGGAAGGACGUCAAGUUGAUGAAGCUGUGGCAAGUAUCUUUCAUAGUGUCUUAUUCCAUAGAAGUCUUGGUAAAUUUAAAUACAAACAAGAAGGAAGUUAUUCGGUUGGAACAGUUGGUUACCAAGAUGUUGAUUGUGAUUUUAUUGAUUUUACAUAUGUAUGUUGUUCAUCAGUACAUUUAGAUCGAACCUUAAAAAAAGAAAUUUCAGAUUUUUCUGAAGCUUUAAGAUCAACAGAUAGUCCUGGUUCUGGACAAAUUUCAUUGGAAUUUUUCCAAAAGAAAAAAAAUCGAUGGCCUUUUCAACCAGAGUGUAUACCUUGGGAAGUUUGGACUGUUAGAUUGGAGCUCAUAAAACUUGCUACUGAACAUGAAAGACAAAUAUGUCGUGAGAAAGUUGGUGAUUUGUUAACAGAUAAGAUAUUAUAUAUAACUGAAGUGAUGAAUCGACAUGAUUACUUGCCUAAAAUGCCCAAUCAAGCUGAAUUAGAUCUUAUUUUCGAUACUUCGUAUCCAGAUAUUCAGCCAUAUUUAUUCAAGUUGUCUUUUACAACUUCUGGUCCACCAUCUACUACGAUGGGUAAUACUAUGAAAAAAUUGAUUAAAGAAACAUUGGCCAUUUAAUUAGUUAUAUUAGCCAUUUUUUAAAUCAAUUAAAUAAUUAUUGUAAUACAUGGACAUUUGUGCUAAAAAUAUUCGGCACAUGUAAGCAAAAAUCAAAUGCACUUUUUACUUCAUGUUAAUGUUGAUUAGUCAACUACGCAUGAUUGUCAGUAAAACGCAGCUAUUUAUACUGCUAACAUGUAUAUCUAUCAACUGAUUAGUACAAAUAAUUAUAUUUUGCUUUCUUGUACUUUAUUUAAUGUUUUUAAAUAUAUUAUAAUAUUUAGAUUUCACUAUAUGAAUAUUGAACUUAUUAGAUAUAUUUAGUUGUUUAAUUACUGUGUUAUUAAUUCUCAUUCAUAUGU